AUGGGUGUGUUGGGUGUGUUUGGUGUGUUUGGGUGUGUUUGGGUGUGUUGGGUGUGUUUGGGUGCUUUUUGUGUUCUGCUUCUCUUCACCUGCCGUCUGUUGCACAGACAAGUUGAAAACGAUCUGCUGUUAACAGGUUCAACUGAAUUUUCAAAAGAAGCUGAAAUGAGAAUAGAUUAUUUGAAUAUUGUGCUGAUGGGUAAAACUGGAGCAGGAAAGAGUGCUUCAGGAAACACAAUUCUGGGCAGAGAUGAGUUUGAAGUGAAUUUGUCUCCUGGAGCUGUGACCAGGAUCUGUAAAGCAUCACGUACAGAAAUAGAUGGACAAAACAUCCGUGUGAUCGACACAAUAGGACUCUCUGAUAAAUCAAUAAAGACUUCAGAUUCACAAAGUAAAAUAGAGCAGAUAUUUGAUUGUACAGAUUGUGGUAUUGAUGUGUUUCUGCUGGUGAUCAAAUUGAGUAAACUAAUCACAGAGGAGGACAUGAACAUUGUGAAAUGGAUCGAAGAGAACUUUGGAGAAAAGGCCUCAGAACACACAUUAGUGCUCUUUACUCAUGGAGAGGAAUUACAGGAGCCAAUUGAGGAAUAUCUGAGUCUACACGAAUCACUGAAGUCAGUAUUAAAACAGUGUUCAGGAAGAUAUCAUGUUUUUAAUAACAAAUCUGAAGAUCGCUCUCAAGUCACUGAACUUCUGAAAAAGAUUGAGUUACUGAAGAUGACGAAUGGAAGCAGGAGAUACACUGAACAGGACUAUAAGAAGACUCAGGAUAAAAUCCAACAUGAAGAAUGUCUUUCAGGAGCAGCAGCUGGAGGAGGAGAUGUGGGAACAUUAGGAGCAGCAGCAAUCGGAGCAGCAGGAGGUGCAGUUGUGGCAGCAGUUGGUGUAGGAAUGUUUUUUAUUUUCAGGAAAAUGUAAAAAUUCUAAAAAUGCUAAAAAUAAUAAAAUGACUGAACUCCCCAAAGUAAUACAUCAUGUUACAUCAGGGGAACUGGGGCUAGUUGUCACAAGGGCAAUUUCACAAGUUGUCUCUGGAGUAGGUACUCUAGAUUUUGAGUCAAAAACUCUUGCAGCAGUUUUGUAUGUUGUUUCAAACACUUAGUUCUCAAUAUAUUAUAUCAAAUAUUUGUAUGUAACAUUCACAGUCAAAUUCCAAUAUGAUCAUAUUUUGAGCUGUUAGGUGAACAAGUGAACACAAUAAAAUCACUGGUAUAAAUUCAGACAAGGUAGAAAAAUGAAGGUAGAUUCUAACCAAAAAUUGUACAGAUCUUUUGUCAGGAUGAGGGUAUUUUUCAUGAAUGUUAGUUUGGGGAAAGUUUUCACAUGAUGUUUUUAAUUUCAUACAAUUUACUAAUUACAAUAUUUGAUACUUGAUUAAAGUUAAAGUUUGUAAUUUCACAGACACAAGCGCCACCGAACGGUUUUCAAAUCAGCUGUCUGAAUUAGCCCCUUCUGCCAUUGAUCAAUCAAUGAGAUAGUCCCGCCCCCAACUAAUCCCAUUGGCUGAGUCAUUGUUAUUGUGUCUGUAAAACAAACAGAAGAAUCUUUACAGGACUCAGUGUUUACAGUUUUCAAUAUCAUUUACCUACAAAUGGAAAUUAAAGUUGUCUCUGCAUAGUAGGACGGGAUGUAGUUCAAUAUUUAAACAAUGAAAAUGUUCUUCAGCUUUAAGCAGUUUGGUACUAUUUAAGGAUCAUUUCUGUGCCUCAUAAUUAUUUUAGUCUAUUUAUGUGAUGUACUCUUCAUAAAUAUUCUAUUAUCAGAUAUAUAUUUGUGAAGUUGUGUAAUAAGCAUUAUUUUACUUUCUGGCUGAUCACAUUAUACUUUACAUAAUUCUUUCACCUGCUCUAAAGAGACUUUAUUUAUCAUCAAUAUCAUAUAUAUUGCAUUAUUUAUCAUCCCAGUGGAUGUGUCAUUUGUGAUUCUCAAAUGAUUUACAAUUUUUUUGCAAACCCCAACACAAAGCAUUAACACAAGAGAUACAGUAGAUUAAAAGGUGCAAUAUGUCAAAUUUCUCAUGUAAUAUUCGCCCCUUUUUUCCCCCCAAAGUGUGAGCAGCUUGUAACACAACUUACAAAAUGAGCCCUUCGCUGAAUUCCUAGGCUGCCUAUUAAAGCCUGUAGACUGAUUUUCAUGCGAAGGGCGCGAGUCGCUUUUGCCGGGAAAAUCCAAAGAAUGUGACGUUUAUGCUCCCGAGAGCUCAGUGCAUCUCUUCCGCUAUUCAACAGUGACAACUGUCUACAAAAGAGAUGGAAUCCAGCACAACACCGACUCCUACACAAUCUCUGAGUAAGCCAAAAAAAAAAAAAAAAAAAAUGGAUUACUGAAUCCCAUCUGGCUAAGCGGGAACGUGAUCAUGGUCGAGUGAAAACUAGAGUGAACAUCGGCAGGGCAUUACAUUCCUGGAGGGACAUUCGUUCUGAAUUGGCGUUCUUCUUAUUGGACAGGUAAACUUACAUAACUGCAAAGCAUGUGAAAUAUAGUCCAUAAGGAUUGAUCUGUGUCAUAUUAGCUAACUUGAUCUUGCCUGCUAACGCUGACAAAUUUCAAGCUACCAUGCUUCAUAAUUUGAUAUAAUAAUUUCAACGAUAUUCUCUUUAUAUUUAAAGUCAGGAGUACAGGAUAAAUUUAAGCAAAAACGCUGGUUUCUUAUUUGUAGUAGAACAUAUGACAUACAAAACAUACAAUAGUGCAACAGUAACUGUCUGGUAUAGUUAGUAUGUAAGCUGUAUGUGUGUAUCAGUACGCUAUGUUAGCUGAUAAGUAGUUUUAGUCUAGUCUCAAAGUUUGUAGUUAAACAAUCAUAACUGUGUAAUUUUAAUUAUGCUCCCUCAUCAGUCAGCCUGAUGUUGGUGAAUCACGUUCAGCGUCUUUGUACGUUACAUACUUGUUUUGGUCGAUGCUCGCGUGCCAUUGGAGUGUGCGCAGGAGCGCGAGCAACAGGUGCUGCUGCAGUUCAAUUAACGGCCACAGGUGUCACUAAUAACAAGGCUUUGUGAAUCUUACAUACUGCACCUUUAAGCAUGACUGUUUUUCUCUUUUCUGUGUAU